GGUUUUGCUUCGCUGUGAUCUGCGCUGCGGAUACGGAAAGGCGAAGAUUAAUCACGCAGUAGAAUAGUUGAGGCUCCCUUCCUUCUCUCCCUCCAACCGCUGGUUCUGUUGGGCAGCGGGCGAUGGUGUUGUUGUUGUUGUGGUCGUUGUCGGACAAGCAAACGAAUUUCCUUGUGCAAAGCAGUGCCAUAUUCACGUUCUUCUUGCUCAUCUAGUCCAGUUUCUUCAAAGGCAUAGUUCUGGCAAAGUAUUACGUUCAAAGUUUGUUCUUUUCCAAAAGCCCCUCUCGGUGUGAAGCACGGAGCAUUCGCUGCUGUGUGUGAGUGUAUGAGUGUGUUGGUGUGUUUUGUGUAGCUGUGUGCGUCUGUGUUUGUACAAUGCGAGCAAAUGAUUGCAAUGUUUUCAAUCGCUAAGACAAUAAUGGCGACCGCUGCUUAGUGAUUACGUCCUAGCGAUUCAGCGCCCAGUCAAGUGGUGGACGUUUUUCCAUGCCCGUGUUUCAUCCGCACCCUAGCGUCAGGGAGGUAGCAGCUUCCGGUUGCACGCUGAACGGGAAAUGAUUCAUUCCAGCCAGAUAAUCGAACCACGAAGCAAGAAAAAUUACCAUCAGAGCACAGCACGGACGGUUUUUGUUUUGACUUUGUUCGGCCCCCUCCCGUUUUACGCUUUCCGCCGUCAGCUGUCAUAUCGGUGUGUGUCGCUUGUUCGGUGUGUCUUUUUGGUGUUUCUAGUGCGUUGUAAAUUGCGCACCGCCCGUACAAAGGAAAGUUAGGUGGAAAAAGUAUUUGGAUGGGAGUGAAAAUCGCAUUCGCAAACUAGCGGAAGAAACAAACACACAAGCAAUAGUGUGUGGAUAUCAAUCAGGCUCGUUGCUUGACCUUGCUGUAGGAUCGCGAAUAUCCACACACACACCCACACACCCCAAUCAACCACCAUCGCUAAUGGAAAAAUACUAAAUCGUGAAUGUGCAUUCCAUCUAUUGUUGCUUCCGGUUUGCAGCAAAGAAGUGCUGGGCAAAGAAAAAGGUGAACGUUUCCUGCCCCCGCCGUAUAAAAGACGCAUGUGAAGACAAUCGUGUCGCGAAAACCACAAACCCUCCGCGUUCCUCCUCUGCUUCCCGUACCUGAUACGCUGGCCUCUAGCCUGAUCUUGUGUUCCUGCGAUGCCGGCUAGCUGAAGUGUGACCGUUAGACAUGAUCAGCACCAUCAUCAUCAUCACUCUCCUAGAGCCGGACAGGCACUAGAGAGCUGUGAACACUGGUGCCGUUCACCCUUCUCCCACCCCGGUACCCAAAGGGACGGCCGCGUGCCGCGUGAAAAGGAAAAGACAGACGUGCGAGCGCGUACGCGUUAAACCGACCCUAGCGCAAAAGCGUAUCACAGACGGUGGACGGCAGGGGAGGCGACCGUGUACUCCAGGGGCGCAAACCCGGAGUCGUGCGGGAGCUAUAUAUAGAGUACGAAUCGCGAUUAUCGGGUUUGUUUUGGGGCCCAUCGUCGCGAAGCAUUAUCGCAAACGUUUCUGUGGAUUGAACAUGCUGCCGCAGUCGCUGAUAAUGGUGAAGGGCGGGUACGCGCGUAGGCCGAUGAAUCGGGCUGCACACCGAUCGCCGAAGUUCGUCCAUCGGCAGUACCAUCAUCGGCUGGUGAUGCUGGUCGCCAUGGUCCUGAUGUUGGCGCAACCCUGCGUACGAGCGGACAUACUCGUCUAUCAGAUGCUGAACGAUCAGAUCAUCGAAGAGUUUCGUGACCUUCCAGCCACGUUCGGCGGCGAAAUUCCCGACUCGGGGCUGAAGGUACUGGCGGACAGGGCGGACCCACCGGACGGUUGUACCGAAAUGCGUCCAGCGCCGAAUAUAACUAGCAAGUUUGCGGUAGUAAUCGCACGCUACAACUGUUCGUUCGAGGUGAAGGUACGGAACGCUCAACAGGCUGGAUAUGCCAUGGUUAUCGUUCACAAUGUGGGCAGUAAUGAUUUGGAGCACAUGUCCGCCAACCAUCCGCAAGAUCUGCUAAUACCGUCCGUGUUUGUGGGCGAAUCAGCUGGACGCAGCAUCAUCGAGGCGUACCUGUACGAUCAUGACUACGCACUGGUCAUAACCGAUGACAUCCCGUUCAACAUUAGCAAUAAUCUGAUUAUUCCAUUCGCCAUCGUUGUUGGGCUGUGCUUUAUCAUUAUGCGUGUCUUGCAGGUGCUGUUCAUGAUUAUCCGCUGCAUUCGUGAGCGGCGACGGCGGAUGCGUCACCGGUUGCCUGCCCGCGUGCUGCGCAAGAUCGGCAUCGUAAAGUUCGCUAAAGGGAUGCGCUUCGACACGUGCGCCAUCUGUCUGGAGGACUUUGUCGAGAACGAGCGACUGCGUGUGCUGCCCUGCCGGCAUGCUUAUCAUGCGAUCUGCAUCGAUCCAUGGUUGACGAAGAACCGGCGCGUUUGCCCCAUCUGCAAACGGCGGGUAAUAGUGCGCGGCGAGGCACGCCAACGUCGCUACUCCAGCGACAGCAUGUCGUCGACGAAUGCGGACGAAUCGACACCACUGCUCAACUCGACCGAAAACAGUACUUCGGGUAGCGCUGCCGGAGUGGUUACCGCACCACCGGCUACAUCGUCUUCCAGUCCGGUCACUGCUGCGGUUGCACCGUCCGGUAACAGUGGUGCCGGGGCGCAAACAGCUGCUGCUGCUGCACCGCAGCGUGAACAGCAGCAACUGCAGCAGAAUGCCGCUCCCGACAGUCACGUGAUGGAGGUGCCACCUUCUGACGACGACGAUGAGAUGCUGGACGAUCGGAAUGUACCGAGUGCGCGCUGGCUGUUGCGUGGCCGUACUUCCUCCCAGCAGCAGCAUCAGCAGCAGCAGCAACCGCAACAGCAACCCCUUAAUGAGUCUCCAUAUAGUCCGAUCGGUGACAAUGUGGCUACUCCUUCCCGUUGGAGGUUUUUCCAAAGAUUUUUCACCAGAAGUACGGCGCAAAGCGAUACCGAAGGCAACAACAUACAGGAACCGCCGGCACCGGCGCAAGCACCGUCACCCCAACCAUUCAGUCCCACCGUGCCGCUCGGCACGGGUAACAACAUCCUCAAUGCGCACCUGUCCGGUUCGUUCCACGGCUCGGAAGACACGACCGACGACGAACUGCUCGAUGCAAUGCAGCGCGACCGGACCAAGCAGCGCCAGUUCCGCUCCGCACCAGACAUGCCCUCGACCAGUGUCGGCGCGCGUCUCGGGGUAGCCGCACUGCCGAACGUUAACUUCAACCCGGCGGGCGGUGGCGCAAACGCGCCGGUAGCACCGGCCGAGUCAUCGUCCGGUGGUGGUGCCCCGAGACGGUACCCCCGCCAACCGAUGCCUCGGCAUGAGCGUAGACGUAAUGGCAACAACAAUAGCCAUAUUGUGUAAAUACGUGCCUAACCGAACGUGGCGGGACGUUCCUGGAGUGGCUGCGACGUUCGGAGGAUGGUGGUACUCACACACACAAACACACGCGUGAUUCGGUGUGCUAUAGCGUUUUUCUUUUCUUCUUUCUCUCCCGGGUGCGGACCACUCCCCCCAAAACCCCGCACCACGGGGGAGGAAAGUUGGGAAGGGUUAUUUUAGGAAAUCUUUUAAAAGGGAUGGAGCGCGUGCAGCCGAACGAAGCGAACGCACUACGGAUACCUAAAUCAUCAUUAUCAUCAAGAGCCCCUCCCCCCUGCAUAAUGUGCGCGACCAUAUUGAUGUCGCUUACACACGUGAUAUAGAGUACAUAUAUGUAAGCAUAACACAGCAAAAAAAAAAAACAACAAGUAAGCUGGCCAAGAGUUUGUAACUUUUCCGGGGAGUUGUCCCUUUUUUAGAAGGCAAGAUUGUGGUAGAGGUCCUGGCCAAGCAAUGCAAUGCAGCAUCACAACCCUCAUCCAUCCUGCCGUCAGUUAUCUUGUCCAAUCCCCGAACAUUCCCCGGGGGGGAAGGCAGAUAUCGCUCGAAUUGCGUGUCACAAAACACAACACAGUCACACAUAAUAUUAUGCUUUUUUUUGUAGCAGUAGUGCAAUGCACCACGUGUGCGUGUUGUGGACCGCGUUGUGAUCGGUGGUCGGUUGCAGGCUGUACUGUGAGCCUGUUGCAUUGCGUUGUUGUGUGUCUCUGCUUGUCUUGCAGGCAUCCAGUAGCUCGGUGUGGCCGCUUACUGUUGAAAUAAUUUACCUUAUUUACCAUUUAAACGUAUAGUCAUUCGUAUAUUAAUCGUUUAUUUUUUUCUCUUCAUUUUACUAACGGAACUGAGAGCAGAGGAGUAGAGUGAGUAGAUCGAAACAAUCGAAUAGAUAGUAGUGUGCGCCCACCAAUCGUGCGCUUGUGUGUGCUCUGCUUGUAUUUGCGAGCAGAACAGUAAUCAGUUUGUGUACCCCCUCCAGCAGAAGAGUUUAAUUGCGCGCAGUGUGUGAUUUUUACACACAUGUGAUUUUGAGUUAUUAGUGCGAUGUUUUGUCUGUUUUGUUGCACAAACAACAAACAAGCGCCACGGUUAGGACAAGAUAUACCGGACAGUUCCAAGAGCUGUUCCGAUGUGUAAUAUCUUCCUUCGACCACUUCCUCCGGCACGGAUUUUCCGUACAGUGUUUUUUUUUCUUUUUUUGCUGAAGAGCGAAGGAAAGCAAUAGAGAAAGAGAUCCCUAUUUUUAGUUGCUAACCACAUUGUGCGUAAAAGGGCGCGUAAAGGUAGGGAGUUGGGAGUAGCUGGCACAGCGGUACUCAUGAUAAUUAAGGGUCGCCACACAUUUUGUUUUUGUUUUUCGGGAUUUGCGUCCACUCUCAUCAUAGUUCGAACCGCGACUUGUACUACCACGGCGUUAGGGAAAAUAUUUGGUAGAGAGAGGUAUUUAGAGGUAGCGAGGAAAUAAAAUAGAAAACUCGUACUAUCUGCGUAAUCCAUAUAUAUGUAUGUAUGUGUGUGUGUGUGUGCAUUCGGACUUAUACGGUGGGAUGUACAUACGGUACUAUGAACAGGAUUAGUUCGGUAGGCUAAUUUCGACGCAUUCGUUUAUCUAAUCCGGACGAUACACGAGCGCAGACAGUGAACUCUCACGCUGAAGUGGAAUCAUGAACGUUCUCUCAAGAAAAGGAAGAGGGAAGAGAGCAAGCCUUUAUAGUGAAAUAGCCGGAGCAGAAGGAGAAGCUUGCGUUUCUUCGCUCGCGGAGAACGGAGAAAAGGCACUAUUGUAAACCAGAUUAUCCCGCGCUAGAUGAGAAAAGGAAGAAUAAACUGUACAAUAUAGUUGAA